CGACACAUAACAAUUAUGUGUAAUGAUAUAAAUAAAUCGUUUAAGGCACAAUGUUUGCAUUGCGACGCUUUCAGCAAUAUGCUGAGAUUUCUCGCAAUAGGAGGCAUAUUUGCUUUUAGUUUUUUGAUUUGUGGUAUUUCCGGACAGAAGAAUGUGGGCCCCGGAAAAUGGUCAGUGCUGAACAUAAUGAAGUGUGACAAUGACAACAUGAUGGUGAUAAAACUGGACGCUAAUAGGCGCAAGGUGAACCGGACGCACGACGGGUUCAACGCCAAGAUCGAGCUGGAAGAGGAGAUCAACGAUGACUACGGGAUCCGCCUAGAUAUUUGCAAAGUGGUAGAAGGCGGGUGCAAAGACUACAGUACAAUGGCGGACGACUCUCUGAUAAAGUUCGUCAAGAAAUACGCCGAAGGGAAUGUGAAGACUGCAUUGGAGAUCGCCAAUAUAGAUCCGCCAGAUUUCCCCGUGCCCAUCGGUGUCCACAACAUAAAGAAUUACCUUUUCGACUACGACGAGCUCCCACCUGAGGGCCCGUAUGGCGAGUUUAUGGCAUGCGGCUAUCUCAUAAAGAAUGCGAGGGAGGUUAUGUGCGCUAAGAUCCACACCUUAUUCGAGGAAGUUGAAGAUGACGAAAAGUAGAAGGAAUAAAAGUAUAAACUGAUAUGAGACACAUACGAUAAUAAUCUUCUAAGGCUCAAGAUAGAUACAAGAGGAAUAUGACACGAGAAAAUAAGAUUAAAUUUAUAUUGUAUUCAAAAUUGUCAUUGAAGUAAUUUAAAUGGAGCCGUAGGCUUUAGGAAAAUAGACGGGGAUUUUAAUGUCAAGGGUAAGUCAAAUUAGCAAUUUUUGAACGUUUCCGAAGAUAUUUUUAUUUAUUUAUUUAGAAAACAAACAACCUUUUACAAAUAUAUCUAAAGUAAAUGAACUAAAAAUAGGCCUAAAGUUGCCUACGUUACUAAAAAAAAUAUUACAUAGAAAUGUAAAUUACGCAAUUAUAGAUUACCGGUUUAGUUAUGUACUACAUGCAAGUAAAGUAAAAAAAAACAUACAAAACUAUGAAAAAUAUGACUGGAACCAAAUUUAUCAAAUUCUAGAAAACAAAAUUUGCCGAACUUUGUUCUUGAACACGGACAAACUAUGAACAAAAAUAUUUAUAUCGUUAAGAGAUUCAUUAUACAAAUAACAAGUGCGCCUAAAGAAAGAGUUUUAGCAUACUGUGUGCCACAGGAGGAAAUAGAAAAUGUGGGUUUAGAACGUGAGUGGAACCGAGAAACAAACUAAACGUUAAACGUUAUCUUGAUUAUUUCGUAAAGACAAGUGUUUUCUUACAUAUGAAAGACCGUACGCUCAGUACGGCCCAUUCGUUCUUCAAUGUUUUUUUUUUCUCCAUGUCAUCGUAUAUUGUAUCAUAAGGUUCCAAGCACCUUAUCUUGUAGUUUUACAAUAAAAUAUAAACAAUAUAAAAUACA